CCUCUGAUCAAGUUCCAUCUCUCUAUAAAUAGAAAGUGUGUGAGGUGCAUUCUCAACACACACACACACACCAUCUUCUAACAAUUCUCAUUGAAUCUUUUUACUAGUAAGUACGAUAAACUUAAUGGGUUCAAGAUUUGUCGACACCAUUCCUUCCUUAAGCUGUGAUGAUGAUAAGAGUGAUGAUGAAUAUGCGUUUGUGAGAGCGCUACGUAUGAGUGGUGGAGAUGGAGCUAACAGUUACUCUGCCAAUUCCCUUCUUCAGGACAAAAAGGUGGCUAUAUCUGAGAUCAUCAACACCGUCAAUUUGUUGUGCCAACAAUUAAACAAAAACCCACCAGAAAUCGAUUGUUGUCUGAAUGAUCUCCCGGAGAAUGAUUUUAACACGACUUUCAAAUUCGUACCUUUCUUCAACAAUGAGCUCAUGAUCACAAACAAAUCAUCAUGUUUCGUCUAUGGAGCACCAGGCUCCUUCUACGCUAGGCUCUUCUCUCGCAACAGCCUCCAUUUUGUACAUUCCUGUUAUGCUCUCCAUUUUCUCUCUAAGGUUCCUGAAAAGCAUGUGAAUGAUAAGGGAAGUGUGUACAUAACAAGUUCAAGUCCUCAAAGUACAUACAAAGCUUACUUGAAUCAGUUUCAAAAAGACUUCACCCUGUUUCUAAGGUUACGUUCUGAAGAAAUUGUCUCUAAUGGACGCAUGGUUCUCACCUUCAUUGGUAGAAACACUCUUAACAGUGAUCCAUUGUAUAGAGAUUGUUGUCACUUUUGGACAUUACUAUCCAAAUCUCUCCGUGACCUAGUCUUCGAGGGCCACGUGAGUGAAUCAAAACUGGAUGAAUUCAACAUGCCGUUUUAUGAUCCAAACGAACAAGAACUCGAAGAAGUGAUACGAAACGAAGGCUCUUUUGAAAUCAAUGACUUAGAGAAACAUGUAUUCGACCUUGGCCUUAGUAACAACAACAACGAAGAAGAUGACUAUGAGGCAGGAUACAAUGAAGCCAAUUGUAUAAGAGCAGUUACUGAGCCAAUGCUCGUUGCCCACUUUGGAGAAGAUAUCAUCGAUAUUUUAUUUGAUAGGUAUGCACACCAUGUGGCCAACCACGGGAGCUGCAGAAACAAAACGAGUGUCACUCUUGUCGUUUCAUUGACUAAGAAGUAAUUAACUUUUGUGGGUAGUGCUUGUAUUUACUGUCUACUAUAUAUUGUUUCUCUUUUCAGUUCAUGUAUUCCAAGACAUGUAUUUAUGAUGCCAUUCUUAGUAUUGGAAAGUAAAUCGCGAUUGUACUAUGUUGUGUUUUGUUUGAUUUUAAGGUCACUUUGAUGUAAUUAACCUAUUAAUAAUAGCAAUCUCAAUUAAUGUUGAAAA